AUGCAUUCCGAAACCACGGACUUGCACAGACAAUCGCCAGACAACAGAUCUGCUUACUCGCUCGCCACCGUUCACGACCCGUCUUCGCCCACCGCCCGCACGUCGCUCCUUACCCACCAGUCGGACGAAUCCACUUAUGGCACCACCCCGCCCGCUGGGCCCUCCAACAAGAGGAUCCUCUUAAACGCGACAUUCAAGAUGGCCGCCAUUUUCGUGCUCAGCACCGCGUUUCUCGGCGGCACGCUCUGGCUAGCGCUGCCAUCUCUCGACGAAGAGGAUCGACCCAACCUGCGAGUCCCCAAGUCGUUUGCCCAGCUACAGGCCCUUAACGCCCUCCUCAAGAAAUAUCGCAACAUUUAUCCAUAUCGCAUUGUCGUUUGCUAUGUGAUCACAUAUUUGUUUCUGCAAGCGUUCUCUCUCCCGGGGUCCAUGUACCUGUCAAUCCUCGGCGGUGCUGUGUGGGGGAUGCCCCGCGCGCUCCUGCUUGCGUGCACCUGUGUCGCAUCCGGUGCGACGCUGUGCUACCUGAUCUCGGCCGCGCUCGGCCCCGCAAUGCUCACGAUGCCAAAGUGGAAGGCGCGCGCAGACGUGUGGGCGGAGAAGAUCAACGCACAGCGGGACAACCUUAUAUCGUACCUCAUCGUACUGCGCAUUGCGCCCGUGCCACCGCACUGGGUGGUUAACGUGCUGUGCCCGCACCUGGGCAUCGGCAUCGUGCCAUUCUGGAUCAGCACCUGGCUAGGCAUCCUCGGCGUGACUGUCAUUCACACCACGAUCGGCGGUAGUCUUGACGAUAUGACAUCGCCCGCCGACUUCCACCUCAUAUCUUGGAAGAACUUCUUCAUGUUAGCUGCCGUCGUCGUCGGUGUGAUGAUCCCCGUUGGAUUGCGCUAUUUCUUCAAGCGUGAGCUUGCGACCGUCGUCGACGUCGAGGCCGACGCAGAGUCUGUCGCUGAGCGCUACAGAGAUGACGACGAGAGUGAUUUGUUGCUCGAGGAGGGUCCGCGCGUUGACCAAGCGAAAGGCAAGGCGACAGAUCUCAUCGUAUUGUCGGACGAGGAAGACACAUACUCCGACCGCGAUUCGGACGAGGACAUCAUCCUCGAGGCUGGACCGGCGCUGGUGGUCAAGCUCGGUGACAAGCCUGGUGAGCCUGCGCGACGAGACUGGCGUCGGGAAGACUUGCUAUGA